AUGACUACUGCGAAACGGACAAUAUUCAUUUGGCUUCAAUUUUCAAGAAAUGGAUGGCGAAGCACCGGCAAAUUUGCUUUUCUGAGUUUGAUACAUCCUUCGCUGAUCGUGGCUACCUGUGGAGAACUACGAAAUGUUCCAACUGCGGACAAAUUCGAUCCUGCUACAAUCUCACAAUGGAAUAAGUGUUUCCGAGACAUCAUCGUAGAAUCACUCAAAGAGAAUGAUAAUCUACAUAGAAUUGGAGGCUCCAAUACUAUUGUCGCACAAUCAAGAGAAAAAACGGAUCGGAAGGAAUACCCUGAGGUAACCGCUUCCUUGAAGCAAUGUGGAAAUGGCAGCGCAACAAAAGAGCUGCACUCUACCUCAUUCGAAAAGAAAUCGCCAAACGAUAUCCUCUUAUGGAUUUCCCGUUUCAGAUGCACUUGGUUAGAUACCUACCACUCUGCAAAUGAAAAAGUCACCGCUACAAAACAUCAUCCAAUGGUCUUGCUCAACGCUAAUAUCGAGGUAAAUGCUGAAUACGACUAG